AUGGCUCCCAUGGAGCAGCGGCCGGACUGCGCCGCCGCCGCCGCCGCCGACCACCACCACAAAGACAAGAACAACGUCUCCCCUUCCACCACCCAGCAGAGAUCCAUCAUUCCCACUGGAAGACGUCGGACCACCCUCGACUCCCCUCACCGGAGCGAUCCCCGGCAGGCGCCGUCGCCUUCAGGCUCCGUUCCAAAUUACCUCAAACCCACCCAAAGCUCCGCCCGUCAAACCUCCGUUAGCGCUCCUGGUGGCUACAAGGACAAGAAGCCACCGCCGAUACUGAAUCCUCCGGCCAACGCACGUAAAUUUGCUCCGCCGGAGCAGAGCAAGUCCGCUGUUGCGUCGCCGACGUCUAAGACGUCACCCAAGGGCCUCUCACCUCCGGCGAAAAGAAAGCCCUACGUCGCGUCGCCGACGACCAAGACAUCACCCAAGGGUCUCGCGCCUCAAGCGCCGAGCAAGCCCACCGGCGGCGCCACCACGUCGCCAAAGCAUCCCCUGCUACCGGCGCAGAGCAAGCCCAAAUGUGGCGCCACCACGCUGACUAAGCAUCCUCUGCCACCGGGCCAUAGCAAGUCAGGCACAGCGUCACCGGCGAAAAUGAUGUCGCCCAAGCGGAUACUUCCUCCGCCGAAGCCUCGCGACGGCGCUUCGCUCUGGAGAAAAAUCAAGCAAUCCAAGCUCCUCGCCGGCGCUGCAGGCGCCUGCAAAACCACCGCCGGUGAGCCUAAGAAGCCGCAUACGCGGACGAGGACGGUUUCGAUGGGCUCGAUAGAGUUGCAGGCGAAGGCAAUGCUCCCGCGUCGAGGUGGCGGGAUGAAGGCGGGGGGCGACAAGAAGGAGAAGGAGGCGAGGAAGGGGCAACCGCAACCGCAACCACAACCGCCGCCGGCUGAGGAGCCCGCUCCGAAGAAUAACGUGAAAGCUCUCGUGGGCGCGUUCGAGAACGUAAUCUCUCUUAUGGACGAGACCACGCCGAAGGACGCCGGAGACGACCAGCGCGUCGGCCACCACGAGGCGGCGGAAAGCGAUCAACUCGGUCAACACAGGGAGUAA